AUGGUGGUGCUCACCGAUGCGUAUACGUACAUGAACACUGCGUCUGAAGCAGUGAAUGAAGGGCUACCGAGAGCUGCGUGGGUUGUUAUAGGAGAUAAGGCCUCGCGAUCGCUGGGGAAGCGUCUCCAAUUGACACAUACUCUCAUCGCGUUUCAGUCUGUCAUCGGGUUGAUACUGAGUCCCGUAUUUCUUGCUGCUGCGUCUUCUUUUGCGAAUAGCUUUGUGCCUGGGGAAGUUCGCGAUGUGAGUUUGACUUAUGUGCGAAUCGCUUCAUUCACUGUGUUCAGCGGCACGCUCGAAACUGCAGUGGCGACAGCAACAAGAGCGCUAGACAAACCUGAUAUUCCACUGGCGAUCAGCACCGUCAAGUUUGCAGUCAACAUCAUCCUCGACUUUCUGCUCAUUUCGAAGUUCCACGUCGGUUCUUUCACGCCGACUGUCAACAUGCAAGGUACUAUUCAGCUAGUCUGCAAUCUUGUCGCAGCUUUUGCAGGACUGGUUUAUUUCCUUUGGUCGAAUACACGGUCGUUCAAGAGACAUACGGCACAUGAUCCCCCAGAGAAGCUGCGUCCUAGCUUUGACGCACUCAAAGUCCUUCUCCCGCCUGGCCUGAUCUUCUUCACCGAGUCAGCUGUCAGAAACGCCUUGUACCUCUGGUUGGUUAGCACCAUCGUUGCGUUAGGCGCAGUAUAUGCUACUGCUUGGGGCGUCUUCAAUACCAUCCGUUGGGGUCUAAUAAUGGUUCCAGUCCAAGCCCUGGAGGCAACCGCGCUGCAAUUCAUCGGUCAUAACUGGGGCGAUUGGAGAAGACGCGUUGAUAUCAGCACACGAAAACCUCAAGCGUAA